UGCUCCAGCUCCGGCCCCAGCCCCAGCCUGGAUCCGUCCUUGGGGCGGCAGCAAUCGCAGCCUCUGGUCCGGUCCAGUCCAGCUUGCUCCGACCCGAAUCUAGAGCCCGGCCCAGCAUGGCAGCAGAGGCCCCUGCCCCCGGUCCCAGUCGUUUCCCGGUCCGGUGCAGCAUCCAGCCCCGCCUCUAAAGUACUCCCGACGGAGGUCCCCGGAAGCCCGGCGUCCCUGCCCCCCAGCCCGCAUCCCCUACACUAGUUGAACUGCGGCUCUGACUUCCUGGAUCCCCCAAGUUCUGCAAAUCUCCGCCUCCUUCUGUCGUGCACCCCGAUCUCCAGCAGCUGAACCCCUCCGUACUGCACCCCCGAGUUCCAUCACUCGGAUCCCUCACCCUUGCGCCUGCCAUCCCUUCAGCCCUCCCUCCUCCCUCUCUUCCAGCUCUAAUCCCCUUGUCCCACAUCCUCGGCCCCUCCAGGUCCCAGAUCCCCCCUGGCCUUUCGAUCCUUUCCCGAACUCUCCAGCCCCAGGACCUAGGACUCCCGAGUCCUAUACUCCUUGGUUAGGGGUUCCUCGUAGUCGCCCCCGCCCCCUCCACUCCCCUGAGCUCGCGCCCCCAGCGGCGGCGCCAUGGCCAAGGACCAACUGCGGCCCCGGCUGUGCCGGAUGAUCAAGGGCGAGCAGGGCUACGGUUUCCACCUGCACGGAGAGAAGGGCAAAAGUGGCCAAUUCAUUCGCAAGGUGGAGCCAGGCUCCCCGGCGGAGGCAGCGGCGCUGCGCGCUGGGGACCGACUGGUGGAGGUGAAUGGGGUCAACGUGGAGAAGGAGACGCACCUCCAGGUAGUACAGAGGAUCAAGGCUGUAGAGGGUGAGACCCGGCUCCUGGUGGUGGACAAGGAGACAGAUGAAUACCUGGCCAGCCUGCAUCUGACCUGCACAGAGGAGAUGGCUUAUCACGGAGUUCUGCCUUCAGCUCCCAUGUCCCCCCAGGAUAAUGGCAGCUUGUGGGAGCCCCAGCCAGAGACCCGGCCCCCAAGGGCUAUGGGGGGCAGCUUCAGCAGCCAGAAGGAUGUGCCUGGAACUCCCCGGGAGCUGCGCCCACGUCUCUGCCACCUCCACAAAGGCCCCAAUGGCUAUGGCUUCAAUCUGCAUAGUGAGAAGUCCCGGCCUGGACAGUACAUUCGUGCUGUGGAUGCUGGGUCACCUGCUGCCCACUCUGGUCUUCGAGCCCAGGAUCGGUUAAUCGAGGUAAAUGGCCGAAAUGUGGAGGGACUUCGUCAUGCUGAAGUUGUGUCCAGCAUCAAGGCCUAUGAAGAUGAAGCACGGCUGCUUGUGGUUGACCCUGAGACUGAUGCCUACUUCAAGAGACUACGGGUGGUCCCUACUGAAGAACAUGUCACGGGUCCACUGCCUUCCUUGAUUACCAAUGGAAUGAGCCCACCUCAGAUCAAUGGUGGCUCGACUUGCUCAUCUCGGAGUGACCUGCAGAAUGUGGACAAGGACACAGAGGACAAUGACAUGGCCAAGAGGGACCCAUUCCAGGAGAGCGGGCUCCACCUAAGCCCCACCGCUGCAGAGGCCAAGGAGAAGGCCCGGGCAAAGCGAGUCAACAAGAGGGCACCGCAGAUGGACUGGAACAAGAAGCGAGAGAUUUUUAGCAACUUCUGAAGCCCUGUUCCUUCCCCAUCCCCCACAGCCAGUGGCUCCUCCUGCUUCUCCCUGAAGGAAGGGAACUAGGGAACUCCCUGCCAGGAGUCACAGGCUCUGUGCUCAACUACCCCUACCCCCUUCCUGAGGCCAGAACUCUAACACUAUCUCCAACCUGUGUCUGAGGAGCCUCUGGCUGAGGCGGGGAGGGGGGCUUCCUCUUGGUCCCAAGGAUUUGGCCUGGUCUGCCCCCCUUCCCAAGUCCCACUGCCUGCCUGCACCCUUGUUGCUGGAAGAGUCACUUCCCUCCCCAUCCCCCUACCCCCACCAGAGCCUCAGUGAGGCAGGACCAGAGAAUGGGUCUCUUUACCUCCAGGAGCCAAACCUGACCCUGGGGGCUGGACCCUUGCUGAAACUCCUGGUGUUUGCUCUUGUCUCUUUGGGGAUAUAUUCCCUGAGAGGGGGGCAAGAGAGAGAGAAAGAUUGAGAGAGACACAGAGAGCCAGAGAGAGAACAAAGAAAGAUAGAGGCACAGUAAGAGAGAGACCCUUUAUUAUUUUUUUUUUCCCCACUGGCCAGUGGAUUUAAGGGAAUUUUCGUGUUACACAUGUUUUCAUUUACUGCCAGGAAUCUUCCCUCCCCCCACAGACACACACACACAGACACACACACACACACACACACACACACACACACACACACACUCUCUCUCUCUCUCUCUCUCUUUCCCUCACUGUCUUUUUCAGGCAGCAAAACAAACCUCUCUGCAGUCCUUUCCUUCCCCCUCUCCUCCCCCCAAUCACUAUUCCUCUCCUGUUAAAGUCACAGGGACCAGGGGACCAAGGCCAGAACUGGCAGCUGAUGAGCCCUGCGAGGGGGGGUGGGGUGGAGGUGGGAGGGAAGGAAGCUCACUUGGGGCAAUGAGCCAACCCUGCCCAGUUUGGGGUCUCUCAGGAGGUUGCUCCAUCUGGGGAUGCUGGAAAUAGCUCAAGGGACCAUCCUAGGCCCCUAGAGGCAAGUAGGGGCCAGAACUGAGGGAUCUCCUGCUGUUUGUCACCUGGGUCUGGGUCUCUCCUGAGCUUUGCUACCUUUGCUCCAUGGGGCCUAGAACUGGGUCAAGCCCUGGUCACUGGUGGGCCACACGUCCACCCUGCUCUGCAUGAGUCUCAUUGGGCAGUUGGCUGCUGCACCCAUAAGCCCCUCCAGCACCUGUUCUUUGAUGGGCUGAACUGGUGACCAAGGCACCUACAGCUUCUGCAUCUCCUGCCCUGCUUCUCAGAUUGGUUCCUUCAAUGCUUCAAGCCUUCUUGGCAAUUGCCACCCUCUUCCUUGGACAGCCUCUUGCCUUGGAGCCUGGAGGGCAAGUAAUCCAGACCUUUUGCGAGUUUCUUUUUUAAUCCACCAGUCCUUCCAGUUGCUGAUUGAUUUUCGUUGAAGACAGAUAUUUGGGCUGGGGAUUUCUGCUUCGAACCCUAUUGGAGUCAAUUAUUAAAACACUUUUGAGGUCUUCUCCUCUUCCCAAAGCCAUUGCCAACAGGAAGCCUCCUAGCCCGAAGCAACGGGAUAGUUUGUGGGAAAGGACCUGGCCUGGAGGAAGAUGGUGCCCAGGGACUCUGCUGGGGAAAGGUCUCUGCAUACUGUAGUUUUGUAAAUGUUGUAAAAGGUGCCUUAGGAUUAUCCAUUGUGUCCCAGCCCAUUCAGGGAGGGCUGAGCUCUGGGGGUAGGUGGAGAGGGGAAGGGUCUUAGGAAAGUGCU